GUUAAUCUAAUCCAGCCAAAUAUCAUGGAGUUUUCCGUCCAUUUCCUACCAUCAGUAUUCGGAACUGUUCAUCUACUGAGCCAGAACUUAACGCCGGUAACGGUAUCAACCAGUAUCUUUGCUCCACCUCGCCCCACUCUCCCGACAACGCUCUUCCACGUGUCCCCUCUCUAUAACCCCGUCAAUCCCAAUGUUUCUCCGUCAACCGAUAAAAUAAUACCGUGUACCAAUACCAUGAACUUUCCGGUCAACCAAAACGAAACCUAAUUCCCUCUCCCUGUUUUAGGUCUCCGGCUCUUGUAGAUAAGCUUCGUACCAGAUCCGUGACAGUGCGCGAAAGUUCGUGUUGAUACUUGAUAAUUCAAUGGAAGAUGAAGAGGAGAUCCAAUCGCACGAUUCGGGCGCCUCCGGAUCUCCACCGAACGGGAGGAUAACGGUGACAGUGGCUGCCGCGCCGCCUCAUGCUGUGCCGCAAUCGUCAGCGCACAAUACGUUGACUUUGGCUCUCCCUGUCCAGAAUUCCAACAAGAACAGCGGAGGCGGAGGAGGAGGGGGUAGAGAGGAUUGCUGGAGCGAGGGAGCCACGGCAGUUCUGAUCGAGGCGUGGGGGGAGAGGUAUUUGGAACUAAGUAGAGGAAAUCUGAAGCAGAAGCACUGGAAAGAAGUGGCGGAUAUUGUGAGCGGCAGAGAAGAAGACGAGACUAAGAUACCCAAAACAGAUAUCCAGUGCAAGAACCGUAUUGAUACGGUCAAGAAGAAGUACAAAUCGGAGAAAGCGAAGAUUGCUGACGGUGGCGGGCAGAGCAAGUGGGUGUUCUUUGAGAGAUUGGACCAUUUGAUUGGUCCAACCGCAAAAAUUCCUGCCGCUAGUGCCGGUCCUAGCUCAAUUUCAAUGUCUAGCAAAGUACCAGUAGCAAUUCCAGUCGGUGUUCGUGGUAGUGGAAAUCAGUUUCUGGUUCAAAAACACCAGCCACAAAGGAGUAAAAGGUUGAAAAAUCAGAAGUUGCAGUUACGCAGGAGGCGGGGUCAGAUGGAGUCGGAAGAGGAGUCGUCCGAGGAGGAAGAUGUGUCACCGGAUUCAGACGAUUCUUUACCACCGGAGAAGAAGCCGAAGGUAAUGAGAAGAGAUGUUACCGAGGGAAGGGAGAAGAAAGGAGGGUGGGGAAAUUCACUGAGGCUUUUGACGCAAGAGAUUGUCAAGUUUGGGGAAGCAUAUGAGGCUGCAGAAAGUGCAAAGCUGCAGCAAGUGGUGGAAAUUGAGAAGCGUAGAAUGAAGUUUGCAAAGGACCUGGAGUUGCAGAGAAUGCAGUUCUUUAUGAAGACCCAUUUGGAGAUUUCACAGAUGAAGCAUGGAAUUGGAAGAAGAGGAGUGGAUCCAAGUAAUCACCAUUACAACAAUAACAAUAACAGCAGUGAUAGUAAUCACCAUUACAACAAUAACUAGGAUGUAGUAUUUUAGAUUUUAGAAUUCUCCAUGUAUAUGGGUGAAGAAGACCCAUUGUUGUGUUGUUUAUAAUUUGUAUGUGCUGAUUGUUGGUUCUCUCUUGUAUAAACUCAUUCGCCAUUAAAGUGCUAAGAAGUGACCAAAUCCUUGAUUGCCAGCUAAAGUUUCAGUCUUUCA